AUGGAAUUGGCUCUUGACAUCGCCGAUCGUUACAUGAUGGCUGAACCCGACAUCACCUACCAUUGCUGCGCCAUGAAACCUAUUUUCUUGGUUUCGUACUGGAUCGCAACAAAAUUCUCUUCUGGGCAGUACGAAACCACAAAAGCCGAAAACCAAGCAUUGUCUCUCGAACAGAUUUUGAAAUCAAUCCCCGAGAUGUCAAGUCAGACGAUUAAACAAUUGGAAAUGCACAUUCUCAAUGUGAUUGACUGGAAGGUCACUGUCCCUACUACUGUUGCCUUCGUGGACGCUUUUUUCGGAUACAUCAUUGCUCAUUUCACCAGUCCUUUCUUUCAACACGCCAAAGCCACUGCGGUUCGCAUCGCUGAGAUCGUAACCGUGGACAAUCGAUUGGCUCGCGUAAAGCGGUCUGUUAUUGCUACUGCCUGUAUUGAACAUGCAUAUCAUUUGGCAAAAGUAUCUUUCAGACUCGACGCCGCAUUGUUUUACGAAGGGGCAACGGGAGUUGAACUGGACGACAGUCUAUAUCACCGCGUUUAUUUGGUCAUUGGUGAUCUAUUGUACCCCCGUGGACUUAAGAGUUAUAAAACAAAAGCACACACCAUGGAACCCAUUACUACUUUCUUCAACCGCACUUGCACCGACGUCCGCCUUUUGGUUUUCGAUCAGAUCGUCUCUUCCACCUACGAGCUUCGUAAGGACCGUUUUCUCCACGAAGAUGACGUCGAUUCUAUGUCGGGUCUCUUGGACGAUUACAACGUGCUUGUCCGCGACAUGGUUGACGCAAGUAUGCAGUACCGCAAGAUUUAUCAGCAUGUUGUCGUUGUGACGGCUUGUAUUGCUCGUUUGGCUCAAGUUACCUAUGACAGGCGUUCCGUUAUGAGGAGCGUUUUGAACGAAAGUGGCACAAAAUCGCGUCACCGUCUCUUGGAGGCUAUCGAAGAAGAAGACAAUCGCGUUGAUGGACUCUCGGCUGACUUUGCGGCUGUUGUUGGUGUCACUUCAGCUAGUGUUGCCGUCGACUCUGUUGUUGCCGAGAUGCCUCCUUCUGAAGUCGUUGUCACUAGGUCUUCUGAUUAUCAGACACCCCCCGCUCCUGCCGGUCCCGUUGGUAUUAAACGCGAAUACCCCGAAGAUCUUUUCUUACCUGAUCUCGAUGAAACCUCCGCGCGCAAAUUGAAGUUCCGUAAAAUCUGA